AAGGAGCCGGAGCGGAAUCUCGCCGCCGAAAAGAGCGAGGAGGACGCAUUUGACGCCAUGCUGGUACGGGAGAUGGGAGAGCUGGAAUCCGAGGAAUCCAAAUCUUCCUCGUCAACAAUUAAAGUAAAAGCAUCAAAAGAAAAACCGACUGCGACUGAAGCAGGGGCAGUCCUCGGGCAGGAACCUGGUCGUCGAGGAGCUUCGUCUUCAGCAACGAAUACAAGUCGUGAACCUGCUAGCGGCGGCGACGGAAGUAGUGCCACCGGGACGAAGACUGCGGGAAAUACGGGAAGUAGUACAAAAGCUAGCGAAGGAGCGGGGCGGCAGCAGGAGGGGCAAAGUAAAGCGUACGUCGAGGAGGACCCGUUUGCUGCGGAUCUGGAGCGCGAGAUGGAGCUUGCAAUCGCCGCGGAUCUGGCGGCGUUGCGAUGAUGAGAUGAAGACGGGGGUUGAUGACGUGUCUAAGACAACAAGAUCCGGAAGUGUAAAAGAAGAUUUUUUAUUGCAGGCACAUGGUCCGUCGAUCACCUGUGUGAGUCAUACACUCUGCGCUUGUUGCCCGCAUGUCAGCCUACGCUGUGCCAGUGCUGCUCGUUUUCGAUGUGCAAGUUGGAAGGGUGGCUUGUUCAUCUGGUAAGCGAACGGUGAGACGAGUUUCCAAUCAGUUAGAGUGAUAGGUGAGAACAAGAUCAGAACACGCACAGCAAUCUAAGUCUGAGAGCAGGAAGGAUUGUAAGUGCGGCACACGAAAAAUUUUACAGAGCUCCUGUUUUCAUGGCGACACUCUUCAAAAAUGUUCGCUACUUACGUGGAAAGUGAAAUCAAGAAUAAUUUGGGCCGCUCCAUACCACAAAAACCAUGGCGACCGCAACAGAAGAAAAACGAUCCCGACGCACGCAAUUCUCAGCACCAAAGCUGCAGGUGCAACAGCUGGUCGGAAGGGGUUUUUUCGGGGAGGUGUACAAGGUCUUGCUAGUACAGGACGAGGAGCUACAACCGAGCUUGAAGACGAGUGAAGAUGGCGCAGUAGAUUCCGCCGCUGCAACAUCGACCGAGAAGCCGCGCGACUCCACAAAAACUUCGCAUCUCCAAGUCGCUGCGCUGAAAAAGAUUCCGCUGGCCACCGUACGCGAGCACGAGCUGGAGAAGCAGUUACAGCGGGAAAUUGACAUCCUCUGUGCCGCCGACCACCCCAACAUCGUCAAAUUUCUGAACGCGUGGAGGACGAGAGGGGAUGACCACAGGCCAGAAGAGCAGGAGGAUGGUGAAGUGGACCACGACGACCAGUCGGAACAUCAACGAAGCAACUUCAACGAAGACGUUCCCCUGUCCGCAGCCGCGUUUCAGUGCAUCUUGAUGGAGUUCCUGCCCACCAAUCUGUACGAACUGCUGCGGAAACAGAAGUACCUAGCGGAGGCCGAAGCCUUACCGUUGUUCACCGGCGUAGCGCAGGCGGUCGGGUUUCUGCACCAGCAGCAGGUUGUUCACCGGGAUUUGAAACCAGAAAACAUUCUGGUCACGGAAGACGAAAAAGUCGCAAAAUUGGCUGACUUUGGCUGGUCCGCCGAGGGCUCCGACAGAACGACGUUUUGUGGGACCUUGGACUAUUUAGCGCCGGAAAUUUUGAAACUUACCAUGGUAGGCGGAGGAGCUGCAGCCUCGCCUACAUCUUCACAAGUGGAAAGAACACCGAGUGCUGCGCUUAGUGUGGUUGGCGAGGAACAAAGCUUGGUCGACGUAGCUGUUGCUCCAGGAGGUUGUGCACACCAGGCCGAAGAGGACGAACAAAGCCACACUGUUAAUACCGGUAGCAGUAGCUGCAGCGAAGGCGAAGAAAUCCCCACAGAUAAGGACACUCUUGACGCAACAAGUAAUGGUCCUUCGCGAGCAUCUUCAUCGUCCUCUCCAUCCACUCCAAAGGGCUACGACAUGAUGGUGGAUACUUGGAGUCUCGGCAUCCUGCUGCACGAGAUGCUCACGGGGCGCGUGCCCUUCAAGGCCCGGAGUCAGACGAGCCUCUGCCGGAAGAUUUUGAACCGGGAGGUCAGUUGGGGUAAGACGUUGCUCCCCGAAGACGCCAUUCCCCUGCUCGACGCGUUGCUGACGCUCGACCCGAAGCAACGACUCCACGCGGACGGAAUUCUGGACCACGAGUUUGUGUUGAAAAAAGCUGAAAACAGAACGACAAAGCAAGACCACGAGGCCGCCGCAGCGCGAAGGAGGUUGAGUAGGCGGAGGAGCUCUACUGCGGGCGCCGGGGCCCCCCGCCAAGAACACCAAAAAGAAGAGCCGACUCUUGCCAGGACGAGACAAAACCAAGACUCUCCACGGAACAAAAAUGACAGUUGGAAUAGCCAGCAGAAGCCUCGAACGUCGAAAGCCGCAACCAGUUCCUCAUCACAUACCAUCCACGAAGAUGAUUCCACCAGCUGUGGAAGCAACGGAACCACCGACGGGUCGGUUUCCGCCCGUUCGCACUGGGAGAACGGACGGAGAGUGUUGUAUCCUAACGGUGGAGGUGGAGGAGUCAUGCAGCAGCAGCAGGUCGCAACUAUACAGCAGUACACCCACGCGGAGUUGUGUUACGUGCUGCAGUAUCAAAUGUAAAAAUGUCUGAGUCUGGAAGAAUGCGAAUUUGUCAUGCAUAUUUUGCAUGCCCCAAGAGGUCUGCAAUGCAGGACUUAGCAUGACAGCUGCUGUGACGUCUCUAUCAUGUCUAUCCCGCAUGACAAACUGCCGCUACACUUGUUCAAACGCGGACGCCUUUUGGUAAUCAUGCAACACAAAUUUCUGUACUAUCCAGACUGAGCAUGACAAGUUCCAACCUUCCAGACCCAGACAUUUUUACAAUCCAUAUGCAGUCGCGGGAUGCGGAAAUGCAGAACUUGAUGCACACGGUGCAGCAGGUAUCCUGAGUAAAAACGUCCCCACACCAGAGUUGUCAUGCAAAUCUGCAUGCCAAAAAAGUUUGUCAUGCGGAGCGCAAUGAGAGACAUUUUCUAGUCGUGUUUUGGAAUUUGUGAUGCUAUAAUCUGCAUGAUGUGCUAGAUCUGUAAUGCUGCUGAACUACCUAAACAGGAUUACACUACGAGGAGAAACUUGUCAUGCCAAAUGACCAAAGCUGGCUGAUUUGUCUAGCAGAUUUCCCAUCUUGACUCUGGUGUGGGGACGUUUUUACAGAUGAUAGCAGGAGCGCGAAGCAAGACAAACUGCGGAGGAGCGGCUUGCCAGGGUAGCGUCGCCGGAGGAGGUUAAUCGAUGCGGAGGCGGAAGAUGGCGGUGCUGCUUAAGAUAG